AUGAGCACAUCUGCUCUUCCCAUCGCGUUGAUCUAUCGAGGUCCUGCUGCUUGUCGUGGUUGUCCAGAGACGAUUGCUGAUCUUCUACGAGAGAAAUACCAAAUUAUCUAUGCUGGACCUAAGGAACAAGUAGACGUGAAUACGAAUACAUUAUCGGCAGCACAGCUAUAUAUACAGCCGGGUGGAGGAGAUUUAGAUGAGGCCUGGCCUCAUGUUCGCCGCUACGCUUCACCUAUUCGUGAUUAUGUUCGGAAUGGAGGAAAAUAUCUCGGUUUCUGUCUUGGUGCUUAUUUGGCAGGAACAGAACCGGGUUUUGGCCUUCUUCCAGGUAGAGGACAGACCGACCAAUACAUUACAUCAAAGGGUGCUGUUGUCACCAGUGAAAUCGAUACUGUUGUACCUCUAUUUUGGCGAGGAAUGCUGCGACAUGUCUACUUUCAAGAUGGCACUCGCUUGAUGAUCGAUCGAACAGCAGCACCUGCAGAAAUCCUAGCCGUUUACACCAAUGGUGAGAUUGCAGCUGCUGUGCAAAAUUAUGGAAAAGGACGCGUAGGAAUGGUUGGGCCGCAUCCAGAAGCCAACGAAGAGUGUCAUAUAGGACAAGCAGGAGUUAAUCAACUUGGUGGUAUAUUUGUUAAUGGUCGUCCAUUACCUGAUCAUGUACGUCGAAAAAUUGUUGAAUUAGCAUUAAAUGGUAUUCGUCCAUGUGAUAUAUCACGAAAAUUACUUGUUUCACAUGGAUGUGUUUCAAAAAUUUUAACAAAAUUUUAUGAAACUGGUUCUAUUCGACCGGGAUCUAUUCAUGGACGACAAUCGAAUAAAAUAAAUACUUAUCAAUCAAAUAAUACUGAAGAAUUAUUAACAGUUCGGAAUCAUCAAGAAAAUUUAUUAUGUGUAUUACAUCAUUAUAAUCAAUGUUACUCUCAAAAAAUCACAAAUUCACCAUCGGAAGAUGAAAUUUCAAUUGAAACAAAUUCAUCAUCAUCAUCAUCAUCAUUAAUAAAACAUUCCAUUGAAAAUAUUUUAUCAAAUCAAAUGACAAAAAAAAAUAAAACUUCAUCAAUUGAUAAUCAAACGAAUAAUAAACGACAAAAACUUUUUACUUGUUAA